UGCAGACUCCCAGCAGCUUUGCUGUUUUGACCCAGGGCUCCUCGGGACCAGGCUAGGAGCACUUGGACCAACUUACUACUAAUGGCUUCUCCUAGCAAAGCAGUGAUUGUUCCUGGAAACGGAGGCGGAGACGUGGCCACCCAUGGCUGGUACGGCUGGGUGAAGAAGAGGCUGGAGCAGAUUCCUGGUUUCCAGUGUUUGGCUAAAAACAUGCCUGAUCCAUUUACAGCUCGAGAGAGCAUCUGGCUGCCCUUCAUGGAGACAGAACUGCACUGUGACGAGAGGACCAUCAUCAUUGGCCACAGCUCCGGGGCCAUCGCGGCCAUGAGGUAUGCAGAAACACAUCAAGUGUAUGCUGUUGUACUCGUGUCUGCCUACACGUCAGACUUGGGGGAUGAAAAUGAGCGUGCAAGUGGAUACUUCAGCCGUCCCUGGCAGUGGGAGAAGAUCAAAGCCAACUGUCCUGUCAUCGUGCAGUUUGGCUCCACAGAUGACCCUUUCCUGCCCUGGAAAGAACAGCAAGAAGUGGCCGACAGGUUGGACGCCAAACUAUACCAAUUCAGUGACCGCGGCCACUUUCAGAACACGGAGUUCCCUGAGCUGAUUGACGCAGUCAGGUCUAUGCUCAAGAUGUCAGAAUAGACACCUGCUAUUUCUGCCUCCCAGCAGAGUGGGUGGAGUCUUAAUACGGAUCAUCAAUGACUAGACGCAUGAAGCAUCCAAUUCCUAAAGUGCCUGGAAAAUGGACAUGUGUUUCAGUGCUCAUAACCAGGUUGGGAACAGCGUUUGCAUUUUGUAUAGAAUCUG